AUGACAACUUUUCGGGUACUGCUGUACGUCGCCGUUCAGCGUGAUUACGAGCUUCACUCUCUGGACUUCAGCACAGCGUUCUUAGAGGGCAAUCUGCACGAGGAGAUCUGGCUGCGCCGCCCACCUGGCUUUAGUGGGUCGUUCCCUCCUGGUACCCAGUGGAGCCUCCGCCGGCCAAUCUACGGUCUCCGUCAGGUGCCUCGUGAGUGGCACGACACUGUGAGGAUGACACUUGCGGCUCUUGGGCUUGCACCUUCCACUGCUGACCCGUCGCUGUCUCUACGCACCGACUCUUCAUUGCUGCCGUUCUACAUCCUCGUGUACGUCGACAACUUAGUCUUUCCCAUUGCUGACACUGAGGCUCUCGCCCUUGUGAAGUCGGAGCUCCAGAAGAGACACACGUGCACAGACCUGGGUGAGCUACGCAGCUACUUUGGCCUGCAGAUCUCCCAGGAUAGAGCACGGCGCACCAUCACACUGACUCAGUCACACAUGGUGCAGCAGGUCCUUCAGCAUGCUUCUUUGGUUGACGACCUAGCUACGCAGCGGUCAUCACAGGGUUACUCGUUCAGCCUUGGCGCUGGCUCUGUUUGUUGGCGGUCUAUACGCUCGUCUUCAAUUCUCAGCUCGAGCUGUGAGGCUGAGAUCUACGCCACAGCCAUGGCUGCACAGGAGCUACGCUGGCUCACCUACCUGCUGACCGACUUGGGAGAGAGGCAGGCCUCUGGUUAA